AUGACACCUUUUCUAAAAAUUUCAGUUCAAUUUGAAAUUUUGAUUAUACUUUUUGUGAUCGCCACGUUCUUCGUCACAACUGGGAUUUCAGAAGUAUCAAAAAAUACGAAUGUUGCAGUUUUGAGUGGUCAUUAUAAAUUUGGUCUGUCAAAAUUAGCGAGAAGACCACGAGAAACAAUUGUUGGAAACGGAUGUCCUAAAGGAAGAUUCAGGUAUUACGGGAAAUGCAAAUCUUAUAAAGAAUUCCGAAAGAGUGACUACAAUGAUAUCGAUGUUACAAACGAAGCACAAACAUUUACGCCGACAACAAAAAUUCGGGAAUACAAAUUAGUAGAGACUAUUGAAACCGAUACCAAUCUGUCAAUUGUACCUCUUUCAAGACCUGAUGUCGUCACUGAGCCGAAUUUCAUAAUGUUAAAUUCUGAUUUAAAAACAGUAAGAACAGUGGAAAAGUCAACACUCUUAGUAACAGAAUUAAAUACUACUGUUAUAACUCAAAUACCUGAAGUAACAUCUCUAAGCCAUGAUGUAUCAGUCUCAAGUCCUGCAAUGACAGAGGCUUCACAAUUAGAAGCUACAGUACCAACAUCAGCUGUGACAGAGUCAGGAUCUGCUAAAGCAGAGUCCAGACCUACAUUUAAAGAACUAAAAACUGUUGUUACAGAGCCAAACCAGUUUAUAGAUGAACUUUCAUCUAUAAUAGUAAAACUUAAUCCUAUCCUAAUCGAAUCAGGGUUUACAGUGACACAGCAACAGCUUUUAGUAACAAACCGUACUAGUACUACAGAAACAAAUCCUAAUCUAACAAAAUCAAACAACAUAUUUUCUGUAACGGAUUCAAUUCCUACUGUGCUGGAAACAACGACAGCAACAGCAGAUACAGGUACAAGAAUUGACUCAACUCUUGCUGUUUUAGAAAUUAGUCCAGUAGGAAUAGAGUCGGAAAGUGUUAUGACUGAUCACGAAAAUAUCUUAAAAGACUCUUUUAGGAGUGAUUCUGCAGUGACAGCAAAAUCAACACCUACGACCACGUGGACAGAACCAUUUUCAAAUUUAGCAUCAGGGCCGAUAUCUUCAUGCACUAACACUCGAACAACGGCAAAAGAAAGCGGCCUCACAACUACAGACGUGCCCAGCAAAGGCGUGCCUGAUAUUUUCGACCAAAAUGAUAAAGUAUCCAAUAUUUUACUUGAAGUAAUAUAUUUUAUGUUCACAUUGGUGUUUGUUGUUAGCUGUGUCUCCAUUUUAAACUGGAUAUUUGAGCAAUUGUAUGGCAUCCUUUAUCGGCGUAGAGAUCAAGAAUACCGAGGCGUAUUUGUGUCAAAGGAACAAGAAUCUAUGGUCUAA